AAUGGGGCAGCCGGAGGGGAGGGACGCAGCCCCGCGGCAGCCGAGCAUGGAGCCUGAGGCCGCUCGCGGAGCCGCAGGUGGAGGACGGGGAGGAUCAAGUGGCCCUUUCGGCAGCCUCCCCCCAUAGGAGGCCCAGAGCCGAAUCAGAGGCAGGAUCCACAGAAAAGAGGGGACCGCAGAGCCCCCUCCCACUUGGGGACAUACCAGCCCGAGGCCGGCCAGCAUCUCAGGGGAAAACUAACCACUGCUUCUGAGCUGAAUUGGAUGCUAUCAAUUUGGAUGAUUCUUCGAGGAUAUAAUUUUCCUCUACAAGUGUGAGAACAAGAAAGAGACACCGAGGAAGAGCCAAGGGGAAACUUGCAAAUGAAUAUGUACAAUAAAUAGUCUCCCUGUGUAUGGACAUGUUUGCAGUUCCUACCAACAACAGGCAUUUACCCAGUGGAUAUUUUGGAAGAUGACCCUGAAAGGCAUCGGGAAGCAGCCCUGGCUUAUUAUGCCACGCUUAGGGAAGGGAUGCAGUCCUCAGUAGAGCUCUUCUCUCUUCCCACGGGGGAGCAGGUUAAACUUGAAGCUUCGUCUAUUUGCUUUUGCACUGUGCACCGUGACGAACCUCAACAUAAAAUAUUAGUCUUGGUUAAUCCCCAGGACACGAAGACAGUGGUGGCUGUUUACAUAAAGGAGUCCUGGUGGCCCACUGAAGACGUCCUACGAACCUCUGAUCCUGCCAGAGAAGGUCUGAUGAAGGUUCGGUCAUUUGGGGAAAGGAUUGUGCUUUUCAUUCUAAACGUCGUUAUUUUUGGAAGAUUGGAGAGAAAUUUGGAAGACGGUGACAUGUUUUUUUUACCUCACUCUGUGAAGGAGCAAGCAAAGAUUCUGUGGCGGGAUGGAUCAGCUGUUGGAUUUUACACAACCAAAAGGAAAGGCAGCCUGUGUGGUGAUGGCACAGGUGCGUGCUACCUGCUGCCUGUCUUCGACACCGUGUUUGUCAGGAGGAUGUACCGUCGCCAAGGCCUGGGCAUGGCCAUGCUGCAGGACUUCUGUGAGACAUUCCAAGAGGAUGAGGCCCUGGGCGUCAGUUGGCCAAUUUCUCCUGCCAUGUACCAAGUCUGCAGGAAGUUCCUGUUGGCCCAUCCGGAGGAGCGGGGGCGCCUGUGGGAGGUGGAGCCCCCAGGAGCCUGGGGCCAGAGAGGCAGCAUCUGGCUGAAGGUUCAACUGCAGCAGUCAAGACCUCCAGACUCUCACCCAGGAAAUGCCAAGGAGAAUGUGAGCAGUCAAGGGCGGACGUCUCCAGAUGAUGGACCCAGACAGUCUGAAGAAGGCAAGAAGGAGAGGACCCGCGGAGAACGGGAAGAGACAAAGAGUGGUCAGGACUGUGGAGUGAAAGAAGCAGCAGCGGGGCGGCUUGGACGAGUCUGCGCGGCCAGGCCGGAGGGGAAGGAGACCAAGAGGACUGCGGUGGAUGCGGGGCUGGUCUGGGGGUCCCAGCAGAAGCACCCGCGGCCCAGCUCCUGACUCUCAGAGGCAGACCCGAGUCGAGAGGCCUGCCUGGGCCCCAGGGGACAGGGGCGUGAGAGCUGCUUCUGUCACUGCCUGCUCGCGUGCCCGGGAGCUGGCCUCUGCCCCUGCUGUGUGCUGUCCUUUGAGGAGAAAGGGACAGCACAGACCCCACCCACCUCAGGCUUGGUUUGUGGGCUCAGGUGAUAGAAAGCCUAAGAAAGUGCUUCAUUCCUCCAGCACGGAGAGCCACGCAGGCUGCUAUUUUCCUGAGCUCAGAUCCCAGAGGCGUGUUUGUUAAACCUAAUAUGGUUUCUGUUACUCGGGAUGAAUUCAUAAAGACUGUAUGGGAACCACUCGAAUAUGCCUCUUUUUGAGUGCAAGGAAACUCCGAGAAGGGCCACACCCAUUCUGGUCUGCGCUGCAGAGCUCUGUCUCAGGUUUGCCCCCACCGGGCCAGAUGUCACCGUGAGACCACAGGCACCGGAAAGGUUUCUAGGGGAGACACGGUUCUUUUCCAGAGAAGCUUCUGCGAUGAGGGCGGUGGCCCGGACUGCCUGAGGCACACCGUUGGUUGGCGCCUCGCCCACGUCUGGCCCAGUGCGCUCCAGGCGGGCAUCAGGAUCUUAGGCGUCACUUCAUUCAGAGGGGAAGCCACCGGUGGGGGCCUUGUGCUGCUGGCCCUUCCAGCCUACGGCGCCGUGAGGGAAAAGGCUUGUACUGGUCAAGGCGAUUGUGAUGCUCCUGGCCUCCUCAGCCACUGUCACCCCCUGCUCGGGGCAUGUGCUUGGGGAUUCGGAGCUGAGUCGAGGACCCUGCCUGUAAGACCCCGGUGAGGACAGAUGAGGCAGGCCUUCCACAGGGUAAGGCGCAGUGCAGGCUGCUUCCUGAGGCCCCAGCGCCCCCGGAAGCUGCUGUAGGCCUUUCUCUGCAGCUGGCCAGGCCUCACUGAUGGUUAGUUGGGUUCUUAACCUUCGAACCGGCAGGGGCUGGCUCGGUCGUCUUGGGGCAGGCAGCCCCGUCCCAGCCCCUACUUGUGGGUGAAUGCACAUCGGAUCUUAUCACUGGGCACACCCCUCUGAGGCUUUAUCACUGUCUUUGGAGCACCUGGGGCCCUGAUGACUCAGCCUUGAGCAGAGUCGACCUUGCCUUCUGUACCCCGGCUGCCUGGGCUUUCCCGUCCUCAGACAACUCCUGUGCUCUUGCUUCGGGGUCGGCACUCGUGCACUUGCUGUGCCCUGGGCAUGUGCCUUUUCCUCCCUCCCUCCCUGCCUCUGUCCUUCUGUCUGUCUUUCUCUCCCUCUCACCUCAUCUGUGCGUGCGUGUGCGUGCACGCACACACACACACACUUGUCAGUCAGGCUGACUCCUGCUCACCUCUAGUCUCAGCUUUGAUGUGCCUUCCUGACCACCUGUUCCCCCCCUUCCCAUAUGGCCUCAAAGCACUGGGCACUCGGCUGUGACUCCCAGGAGCCACCAGCAGGGUCAGCCCUGGGCCUGCUCAGUUGCCCCUUGUGUCCUCAGUAACUGUGGGGAAUGAAUGGUCUAGCCACAGAGGAACAGAAGGAAGUUGUCACAGAUCACCUUGGGGGGGAGGUGACACCUUCUGUUCCUCUGUGGCUAGACCCUGGAGAUGGAUAGAAGAACAGGUUCAGCUCUUUAGGGGUAUAGUAAAGCUCAUCCUGGAGCCUCGGGAUAGGGAGGAGACCACCAGCACCAUAUGCUGGCAAGAUACUGCUAUUUCCCUGAGUGGUCAGAGGGCACAUCUGAUGGGACCUCUGUUACUUACUCACUCAUCCAUCUAUCUGUCCACCCACCUAUCCACCCAGCUGUCAGUCCAUCCAUCCAUCUACCCACUUAUCUCUCCAUCAGUCCACAUUUGUCCAUUCGUCUGCCCAUCCAUUUAUUUGAUGGACUCAACUGUCCAUCUGUCCACAUCUGUCCGUCCACCCAUCUGAUCAUCUGUUUGUCCUUCCAUUCAUUUAUCCAUCUACCCACCCGUCUGUCCAUCUGUCCUUCUGACAUCAUCCAUCGAUCCAGUUGUCCCAUCUCUCUGCCCACCUACCUGUCAGUCCAUCCAUGUGCCCACAUCUGCCCCUUUGUUUAUCUCUCCAUCCAUCCGUCCUGAUGUACGACAAAUACUCAGCAUGCUUGCUCAGGUCUGAGCUCUGUGCUGGGCACUGGGGAUAAGUGAAAUGUGUUUACUGGACUCCAACUCUUCUCUCUGGAAGGGUCUCUUCUAGAGUGUUCCCCUGGAGUUGUCUUUCACCCAUUAGAAAGAGGGAAGAGUCCCGUGGAAAGAAGUAGAGUUUAGAGCUCUGUACGGAGACCUCAUGAAGUCCCCCGGUGCAUGUGGGCCCCUCGUGAAUGAGGCACAGUCCAUAAAAGUGGGCUCUGCAACCAGGGGGUGCUCAAUGUGUAAUGGCAGACAUGGUCUUUAAUGUGUGACUUGGUGGGUGCUGUGAACUUGGCACCGUUCAGGUGAAUGGCUGGUGCUUUGUGUUUACAUGGAAAUGAACCGACGAAAAUGUCUCAGGGCUUUGAUGAAGUUACUGUUCAAUAAAAGCAUCCUCCCAAGGGAGAAGAACUGAUGUGUCGGUGUAGUUCAUUUAAAGAUGUA